ACUUUGUUACGUGGGUGUGGGCCUCAGGAGCCCUGCUGAGUGUGAGUGAAGGUUUCAGUAUCAGAGCAGGAGCACUUUGUUACCCCAGAGGACACACCCUUCAUCACUGUGUGCUUAUUCUGAGCAGCGCAGGAGGCGGUGAUAGUGGAGAGGCUGCCAGCAGGAGAAACCCAUCAGACAGUGACUGCAGACGCAUUUGUUUCUGUGUGGUUGCAGUGGGCAUCCCAACAAUAAAGUGGUGUGGAGCUGAAGGCGACUACAAUGUGAUGGUGAUGGAGCUGCUGGGACCCAGCCUGGAGGAUCUCUUCAACUUUUGUUCUCGCAAGUUCAGCCUGAAGACGGUCCUGCUGCUCGCUGACCAGAUGAUCAGUCGCAUCGAGUACAUUCACUCCAAGAACUUCAUUCACAGAGACGUGAAGCCGGAUAACUUCCUGAUGGGACUCGGCAAAAAGGGCAACUUGGUGUACAUUAUUGACUUUGGUCUGGCUAAAAAGUACCGAGAUGCUCGCACGCACCAGCACAUCCCGUACCGCGAGAACAAGAACCUGACUGGCACCGCUCGCUACGCCUCAAUCAACACUCAUCUUGGGAUCGAGCAGUCGAGGCGCGAUGACCUUGAGUCGUUGGGAUACGUCCUCAUGUAUUUCAAUCUGGGCUCGCUGCCUUGGCAGGGGCUGAAGGCCGCUACCAAGAGGCAGAAGUACGAACGCAUCAGUGAGAAGAAAAUGUCCACGCCAAUCGAGGUGCUGUGCAAAGGCUACCCCUCUGAGUUCGCCACCUAUCUGAACUUCUGUCGCUCCCUGCGCUUCGAUGACAAGCCCGAUUACUCGUACUUACGGCAGCUCUUCAGAAACCUGUUCCACAGACAGGGCUUCUCCUACGACUACGUGUUCGACUGGAACAUGCUGAAGUUUGGAGCCAACCGUGCAGCAGAGGAAGCAGAAAGGGAGCGUCGGGAUCGGGACGACCGGUUGAGGCACAGCAGGAACCCCGGGGCCAGAGUCCCUGCUGCGCCCGGGCGCCCCCGAGGGACCCAGGAGGGAACAGUGCCCACCCCGCUAACACCCACCUCACAGACAGCUAACACGUCUCCUCGACAAGUGUCCGGGAUGGAGCGUGAGCGAAAGGUUAGCAUGAGGCUGCACCGCGGCGCUCCGAUCAACGUGUCAUCCUCCGAUCUGACUGGGCGACAGGACACCUCCCGCAUGUCCACCUCACAGAAUAGCAUUCCCUACGAGCAUCACACCAAGUAGACGCUCGCCAUGUCCUCGUGUGACAGCGGCAGCGCGGGGUGGUGUCUGAGGUACCAUCCUCUGGUCUCCAGCUACAAGCUCCUCAACGAGCACCAACAAUACAAGCAGUCCGAGCCCUGAUCUCCACCAUAACGUCUACGGCUCCAGCUCCAGUCACAGACUGACCCUCUGAUGCUUUUCCAUUUACCUUUGUGAUCUGAAUCCAGACUGUUGGUUUUCAGGGCUCUUUACUUUUGGGGCCACUUGAACUAGUUUAUCAGGGCUGACCCGGCACCGCAGCAGGCUGAUCCAAACCAUGAGGACCUCACGGACCGCUGCAUCAGCCUUCCUCACUGGACGGUUUGUCAGUGAGAACUCUGAAUAGGAGCGUCUCGGUCUGAGGGCGGGCGCACUGUUCACACGUUCAGUUUUCAUUUCGUCUCAUUUGUUAGUGUUGUCGCCGACAGCCAUCCCCACACGCUCCUGAUUGAUUCAGCUGUUUGUGUUAGCGAGUAACUCUAAACCAGGCAUCCUGCUGCUCGUGUAUGUGAGCUAGCAGCAGCCCAGAGACAGCAGCUGAGAGGCCAGCUUACAGCAUGACAUCACAUUUCCAGCUGCAUGCUGUUUUCCAUCUUUUUUUACCGUUGGCUAAAAAUCACUCAUGUACUGUUUUUAGUUUAUUCAAGCUGGCAGGUAAAUCUUUUUGCUUCGGUGAAAAACUCAGCACUGGUUUUUUGUUGUUGUUUUUAAACAGGAUUUUUAAAGUGCUAAAGUUAGCAGGCUAGCUGCAACAUAGCUAUGCUGCUAUGGUGGCGACGCUAACAUCUUUAUCUUAUUGCAAGUUAGUAAAUGAGCUGCAGGUGUGUAGAUGAGCUGAUGUCCUUGUUUCUCCUGCAGCGUGGAGCCGGUUGUUUGGGCAGAACCCGAGCAUAAAUGUUAGACGCACCCGGGAGAGCAGAAGGUUGUCUUGAUUUGGUGUAGGGAUGGACUUUGGCAAUAAAAAGCUAAAUGUAACAUAAAAGAUUGCACAGAGCACGUUUCGAUGCAUCGCAGGCGUCCGGAUACAAGCCUGAGUGUGAGUUAAACUUAAGAAGACACCUUUGCAGGGGUUGGGUUUCCCCCGAGCGUCCCAGGUUUCUCUGCUCUAUCACAAAGAAGCAUUGUGUUGGGCAAACACAUCAUUGGGUAUAUUUCACCAAAAGUUCUUUCACUGUAUAUAUAAUAUUCUUACUUUUGAGUUCGUAUUGUUUCUGCACUGUGAAACAUUUAUAAUAUUAAAGUGUGUUUGGGUUUUUGUGACGUACCAGUGGACAAGAGUCUGAACAUGAUUCAGGAGUCGCUGCGCCUCCUUGAGGGCAGCAAAUGAGAAGCUGAAGGACUCUGUCAUCCUGGUGCUGUGACAGCACCGUCUGCACCAACCAGAGUGCGUGCCUCUUUUUCAGAAGUAGUGCAUUGGGUUUUUAUAUGAAUGCGUCUUACAGUCGACUGUAAUAAAGCUCCAUCUCUGCUGUGAAAAGGCUCUGCUGUUGUGUUUUUGAUGUGAACCUGUGCGCUCUGCUACGCUCCUUCAUCACAUCUCUGCUGUGUACACAUGAGCCAGGAAAACAGACGGAGCUGCAGCAGUGUGCGCGCUCUGAUGUUGGUCUGAGAGAGUCACGCACAGAGCAGCUCUGUAACAGCAUCAGGCAGGAGCGAACGCAAGAAGGAGCUGAAACGACAUAAAGUUCAAAGUUUGUAGUGCAGCAAAAAUCAGGGUAUUGCUCCAAACACAUGUAGGAGGGAGAAUAACUGGGCAGCUUGAGCUAUUAUAUAAUAUACUACAUGUAUUAUAGGUAAGUUGUUCACUUUGUCUUCACAGUACUGAUGUAAGGAUCCUUGGGAGGGAGGUAGAAAUGUCAAAGUGAGGUCAGAGGUGACGUGUUUAAAAUCUUUCUACAGUAUUUUCUGUAAAUGGACAAACAGCACAUGACAGUUUGUAGGUUCUAAAGCUUUUUGUCAAGUUUCCACCAAUAAAUCAUCAAGUUGACUUUGA